AGAUCUAUAAGGAAUGAUUAUUAGUCCAACAAAGCACUGUAAAAGUGACCGGGCUCAUCCUCACACAGAGUUGUGCCGUGUCUACAGAUAACAGACUUUAUGUAGUUCCACUCCAGAACAUUUAGACAGUAAGAUGCGAUAAAAGUGUUGCUGGAAUAAAAGACUUCAGGAUUACUUUACUUCAGGAUGUCGUUCUUGGAUCUGCUCAAACUGUUGGAGCUGAGUCUCAUACUGAUCCUGACUGUGAAUGCAAAAGGCCAGGAGUGGAGUGUAGAUGUGCCUUCAUUCAUUAAUGCAACAUUAGGUGCAACAGUGACCAUCCAGUGUACAUUUAACUAUCCGCAUGAACAGCAAACAGACAAGGUUCAGCUUUACUGGAAAGUGCCUAUAUCAAGAGCAUUUGACACCAAAGUUGAAGUCAAACAUGCAUUUAUUUAUCACCCAAUUGACGCCUAUGUGCUCAAGCAGUACAGAACAAAGACCAAACUCAUCGGUGAUAAGACCAUGAAAAACUGCUCCCUCAUGAUCAAGAACAUCAAAGAUGAUAUAAACCAGCUCUAUCUGAGAGUUACUGGAAAGAAUGACAGCUACAGUUUUGUUAAGAAUAAUGUAUCUAUUCGUGUGUACGGUUCUCUAAAACCCAUCUCAGAUAAAUACGGUAUGUGCUUUGUUCCCCUCCCCUCAGCCACAUGA